AUGACCAAAGCCGGCCAGGACGACGCAGAGGAGCGCGGCUCGCUCUCGCCAGAGCUUGUCGCAGAGGAUGAUGCUCUAGAUGAUGUCUCCUCCGACUCUGACGGGACCUAUAUCAUCGAAGUCGCGGAAGACGAGGAAGAGAGCCAUGUCACCAUUUGUCGCUGGAAUGAUACACCCUCGGGCCCGUGCAACGAGAACAAAGGGGAUACAGACGGUCUUGUGAAGCAUCUUCAUGAAGAUCAUUUAGGCAACAGACGUCCGAAGUACACUUGUGAAUGGGAUGACUGCACACGUAAAGGUCUACCACAAACCUCGCGUUUCGCCCUUGUCGCCCACCUUCGCUCACAUACCGGUGAAAAGCCAUUUUACUGCACUAUCCCAGAAUGCGACAAAUCAUUUACGCGCAGUGAUGCGCUGGCGAAACACAUGCGAACGGUGCAUGAAACGGAAGCACUGAGGCCGAGUGAUCCAAUUCCAAAGACACACCCGGCACAUACGCAGUAUAUUUCUGCCAUGGCGGCUGCAGGCAUCAAGAGUAUCGGUUCACGACCAACACUCAGUGAUUUGCUGACACCGGAUGGUGAGUUGUGGGAUGAUAAUGAGCAUGAAGGAACAGACGAGGAGGAAGAAGGCCUCGAUAUGCGAACACGAUGGAAGAUUCUGCGAAGAAAGUAUGGAUGGCUGCAAAAAGACCUCGUCAAGCUAGAAGAAGAAGUCAAAGCGGCUUCGUUGCAGCUCAACAACGAACGGAUUGAGAAGGAAAUGGCUCUGGAAGAGGUGCUGAAGGGUGAACUGCAAGAGCACGAAUGGUCCCAAGUGAUUCGCUGA